AUGCAUGCAGUCACCUGGACACAUAUACUACAGGCUGUUGAAGGCAACCACAAGCAGCGGUAUGAAUUGGUGUAUGAUGAGACAGAGACGGAGACCUGUCCUGCCCUCCUAGCAGAGCAGCAGCAGCAGCAGCAGCAACAGCAGCAGCAGCAGCAGCAGCAGCAGCAACAGCAGCAGCAGGAGGAACAGGAGCAGCAGCAGCAGCAACCAAUACAGUGCACUGCGGAAGAGCUUUCAGAUGCUUGUAGUGGUUGUGCUGCAGAUGCAUGCAGCAGCAAUUGUUGCAGUGGCUCAGGAAUAGCAGCAGCAGCAGCAGCAGCAGCAGCAGCAGCUCCAGUAGCAGCAAAUGAUACUUCCUGCAGCAGCAGCAGCAGCAGCAGCAGCAGUAGCAACGAGGAGAGGUGCCCGUGUAGAUUCGUUUGCUGCACAGCUGCGUACAAAGAUACUGCAGCAGCAGCAGCAGCAGCAACAGCAGCAGCAGCAGCAGCAGCAGCAGCAGCAAAGAAGGUGGAGCGAAUGAGCGGCAAGUGGCUGCUGAGGGCUACCCAGGGACACACCAUUCCUUACAUACGCAGGUAUGCAGCAGCAGCAGCAGCAGCAGCAGCAGCAGCAGCAGCAGCAACAGCAGCAGCAGCAGCAGCAGCAGCAACGGCAGCAACAACAGCAGCAGGUUAUAGAAGCAUAUGA